AUGAGAUCAAAAGUAAAAAAUUCCAGUGUUAGUCCAACAACUAUUAAUGAUAUCUCCACACAAAGUAGUCCAGGUUUAAGUACGCUUGUAAUUUCAUUACCAGAGUCGCCACAUAAAUUCUCUAAUCCAAUUGAUAUCAUUUCCAAAAAAAGUUCUAUUAAAAGCUUUAAAAGUGUCAAAAUCAUCAAUACUCUGGAAAUAACAAGUCCCCUUUUGAAUAGUGCCAAUAAAUACUUGAAUCCAACAACACAAUCCAAUCAUUGUACAUCUGACUUGGAAGAUUCUAAAAAAGCUGGUUUAAAUUGUUUGCCAUAUCAAUGUGAAAAGAAUUCAAAUGUCAUGGGCGGCAAAUUUUCUUUAAUGGUGGCGGGUGCUAGAGGUACUGGGAAAUCAAGUUUUGUGAAUUGUUUAUUUGGUAAUGAGUUGUUAGUUGAGAACUGUGACACUGCCAAUAGAGAGUUUCUCGAUAUCAAUCAUUUUGAAUUAACUGAGAAUGGAUUCACUUUAAAUUUACAAAUAAUUGAAACUGUAAAUUAUAGUAAUUUCUUUGACAAGGGGUUCAAAUCGGAUUCAUUAUGUGCUUUUGUGGAUGAGAAAUUUAAGGCUUUCCUUUAUCAAAGUAGGCAGCCAAGAAGAGAAAGUUUAAUUGACUCAAGAGUGCAUUGUUGUGUUUAUUUUUUAACCCAAACAGUCAACUCGAUAUCAGAUUUGGAUAUCCAGACCAUGAAGAAGUUAUCAACUAGAACAAAUUUAAUUCCAGUUGUAGCCAAAGCAGAUAUGUUAACAGAAAUUGAGUUACACAACUUUAAAAAUCUAGUUAGAACAACAUUGGAAAAGCAUGAAAUAGAAACUUGUCAAUCUAUCUCGAAUGAAAAAUUAGUGCAAGAAAUUAAUAUGAAAAUCCCCUUGUCAGUCAUUUCCUCCUCUUCCUCACCACUGGAAAUUAAUAGCAAUGGAAAAAUCGAUAGAGUUCGAAAAUAUCCUUGGUGUUUAUUAGAUAUAGAAAAUGAAUCUUGGUGUGAUUUCCAUUAUUUCAGAAAACUCUUGUUAGAAGAGAACAUGUUAGAAUUUGUGGCAUCGACUGAAGUGUACUAUGAGCAAUUUAGGAACAAUUUUCUAAGUGGUAAUAUAAUUGGAACCCUAACUGACAGAUCAACAAAUCAAUGCAAAGCUCAAAAUUCUAGUAAUAAGGAAAAUUUUAACUAUUAUCAAGAUCAACAUGAUAAACUAAAAGCAAAGAAACUAUCUUUGAUCCAAUACCAAAAGAAGUUGCAAAAUGAAAUUCGCUGUUUGGAAGGUAAACGAGCAGAAUUGCAAGUUUUUGUUAACAACUAUGAAUCAUCAAACUUUGGAAAUCAAGAUUCUUUGAAAGAAAUUACCAACAAUGGCUAUAAUUUAUCUUGUCAACCAACUCCGUCGGCAAAUUCUUUGGGUGUUGAAAUGUCAUCAUCUUCUGAUACGUUUAUUUCCCAAUAA